AGCUAACUUAAUUAAUUUGCAGAGUAACCAUGAAGCGCGGUGGCUCCUCCUCUCUCCGGCCAUCGGCAGCCAUGGAAAAACGACGGCGAGAUCAUAUGAAGGACCUCUACUCCAAACUUGCAUCUCUCCUCCACCUUCAAUCCUACGAGAGAAUGCCAUUGCUUGCAUUAUUGGAUCAAGCUACGAUAACGUUAAAACAAUGGAAGGAAAGAGUCGAACGAAUGACUGCUAGGAAACAAGAACUACAAAAUGAGCGUAUAUCAGGCGAGUCAAGUCACGAACACAAGCUACAAGUGGUUCAAGUGAGCGAAAUGGAUUCGAGCCUUGAGGUGAACUUGAUCAUUAGUAAGGCGGACAACGUUAGAAAGGUCGAGCUUUUUCGAGUAUUGAGUAUUAUACAACAAUCUGGUGCUGAAAUUGUGAGUUGUAGUUCCUCCUGCUUGGGUCACAACCAGCAUUGCACCAUUCAUGCUCAGGCUUUUCAUACGCGAUUGGGAUUCGACACUUCGCUAAUUGAAUACAGAUUGAAGCAACUGAUCUCUUGAGCAUCACCAUUUUGGAUCUCUAGCUCCAAUUCUUUCCAGACAUUUACUACAACAAAAUCAAGUUUAUUUCAAAAAUAUUCUAAAACACUU